UCUGUGUUGCUGUAGGUGGCGGAGGGAAGCGCUGAGAGAGAGAGAGAGAGAGAGAGAGAGAGAGAGAAAAAACUGUUUUAUCAAAGUUUCUCCUGCAGUUUGGAGUUAUUUAAAUAUAUAUGUUAUUUUCUACAUUUUACUUAUGAAGUUAGUUUAUAGCGUUAUGGGGAAAGCUAUGGCGUAAACCUCAGUAUCUGCCUGAUUAAGACGAAGAAACAUCGACAAUGAUCGUCGGUGGUUGCCCAGAGAGCGCCUAAGGGUCUGAGAGUAGCUAUGGCAGCCCAGUUCAACAUUGACGACGCAUUCUCACUGGAGGGAGAUGAGGAGGGGGUGGGGCCAGAGGGAGGUCUGGACGGUUGGAAGGGUCGAGAGAAAGAGCGAGAUGGAGAAAUGACGUUUGGUCCACUCUCCUUCACCAAACCGCAGAGUCUACCUUCCGCUUCGGCCAGCUCCACCGAACACAGCAACCUGAAGUACCAGAACCUGGAAAAUGAAGAAGCCCUGGGCAGCCCUGUUAACUCCACCUUCAACAACUUUUUUAAAAUCAGUGAUCCGGCCACGCUGUCAUACUGCAGCUCCCAGUGGUCCUUCAGCACCCUCAGCUCUGUCACACAACUGUCUGCACACUGUUGCGGGUGGACAUCUCAUCCUUUAAUAAAGAAGAACAGGAGAGUGGUGCUGGCCUCAUUUCUCCUCCUAAUCACUGGAGUUGCUCUGAUUUUUACAGGCAUCGUUGUAGAGUUGAACACGAAGGCAGAAGUGUCAAGUGCAAUUUUCUUUGUCUCUGGAUUUCUUCUCUUUAUUCCUGGUGUUUACCAUGUGAUCUAUAUAAGCUGUGCUGUCAGGGGACGGAGAGGAUUCAAGUUCUUUUAUUUGCCUUAUUUUGAGAAGUAAUGUGUCUUCAUUUUUAAUCAGGGAGAAAGGUUGUUUGACCUUUGUUUUUGGUUGAGAAAUGCAGAAAUGAUAUGAAGUGUGGAAAGCUUUAUUUGUACAGUCUCAAAGUUGAGUGAGUUUUGUAGCCUUUAUGGGUUGGGAAAUGUUGUGAGAGCAAGUUCUAUUGAACUUAUCAACGAUGAACGUCCAUGAAUUUCAGGAUAGAAUUGUGUGUCCUUUCAGCUUUACUUUGCACGCCAAAGGAUCAUAAGUUUGUAGGACAGUGUUGAGGACAAUUUGUUUGUUUUAGUUCAUUCACUCUCCUGUCAGCCAUGCAGCGGAGGGUUUUUUUUUUUUCUUUCUUUCUUUUUUUUCUUUUAAUUAAUUUUAAGCUGAUUUUUUUCACCUUUUUCACCAAUAUGUUUUUUUAACUUAAUUGAUUCUCAAGAAAAAGUCAUGUCAGAAAAAUAACAUGAAAAGAUGGGGAAGAAAUCUGUUUUGAAAUCACACAAUUGUGUAAAUUUGAAGUUACCAGUCUUGUGCAUGUGUGCAUACAUGUGGUAAGAACUUUGACAGUGUCAUUAUUCUUGAUGCCAAGUCAUAGAUGAAGUGUGAACCAAAAUAACUUUUCCCUGCACUGUUUUCUUUAAUUAACUAAUACCACUACUAACACAUUAAACCACUGUAAAACUGUGUACUUCCAGCCAGUCAGUAUGGAAGAAAUAUUUUGUGUAUGUUUUGUAUUUCUUUUAAUCAUUGUGACACUACAAUAAAACUUUUUAUAUUUUGCUUUUAA